UGGUGCUGGAACUGCUGGACACCGACGGGCUGGUGGUGUGCGCCCGCGGCCUCGGCACGGACCGGCUGCUCUACCACUUCCUCCGGCUGCACUGCCACCCGGCCUGCCUGGUGCUGGUGCUCAACACGCAGCCGGCCGAGGAGGUGCGGCGGCCGCCGCCCGGCCCCAGGGGACCGCGGGCGCGGCGUGGAGCCGGGACGCGGGGUCUCUGACGGGCCUGGGCGGCUUGGAAGGGGAUGCGGAUGCUGCUCAGGGGCACUGAGAAGGGUGGCUGGGGUCCCUGACACUGCGCAGGGACACUGAGAAGGAUAGGGGAGGAGAACAGGGUCCCGAGGAGGAUGCAAGUCCCUGAUACUGUGCGGUGACAGAAAGAUGGGCGGGGUCCCUGAGGUUGCUAAGUUACUGAGAGGAAUGGGGGGAGUCUCAGGGGUCUGUGACUGCGCUGGGAGGGCGCUGGAAGAUGGUGGGGCUCUGAGAGGAGUACGGGAGUCCUUUGAGAGGAUGGUGGCUGAAGGAGGAUCUGGGUAGGAAUAACGAGAAAGUCUCGAAGUUGGGCUUUAAGUGGGUUUGGGAAGUAGGAUCCUAAAAGGCGACAGUGAUGGGGAUUGUCUUCCAGGGUGGUAGGAGACGUGAAGGGAGAUGCCGAGGCUGGGCGAGCCCUGUAGGGAAGAGGAGGGACUGAGGAGAGAGUAAUUCUCUAAGGCUGUGGGAGGAGGGCCGUAGUCAGAAGGGACUGGAAGCAGAGGAUUUGGGGGAAGGUUCACCAGGUAGAUGGAAUGGAAAUACACCUGUACUGGUGGGUGUCUGACAAGUGUGACGAUCCCCUAAGUAGAGCCAGUGGCCAGGAGAAUAAUACCAGCUGACAAGAAAGACCACGGACUCCUCCAGCACAGGGACCCUGUUUAAGUCAUCUAGGUAUCCCCAGUGCUUGGCGUGAGGCCUAGGACAACACCCGGUGCCCAGUAAAAGUUGUACUGAAUUGGGGGUAUGAAGGGCCGAGGCACCUAUGACGUGAAGUCCCUUUAGAAUGGAUGGGGACAGAAUAGUCCAAAAACAUAGAGAAGAAAAUUCCCUUGUUAUCUUAAAGAAUAUACUUGAGUGCACACCUGGCCUCCGUGGGAAGUAUUUCCUAAGUAGCAGAAGUCCUUUAAUCAAAGGUUUUUAAAGUUUGGUGAUGAGGACCUAGUUCAAAAAUUGAGCAGACAGGUUGGUUGAUCAACAUAAAGUGGUAACUUAGUUUGUGUAUUCAUUAUUAAAUUCAUUAUCACUUGAGAAGGGCAGCACAUCGUUUUAAAUACCUGCAACACAUUAAAAAAUGCCCUGUAGGGCCCCGCCUGUGGCUCGGUGGGUAGGGCGCUGGCCCCGUAUAUACUGAGGGUGGCCGGUUCAAACCUGGCCGCGGCCAAACUGCAACAGAAAAUAGCUGGGCGUUGUGAGGGGCACCUGUAGUCCCAACUACUCGGGAGGCUGAGGCAAGAGAAUCACCUGGGUCCAGGAGUUGAAGGUUGCCGUGAGCUGUGACAUAACAACACUCUACCGAGGAGAACAAAGAGUAUUUUAUCAAUCAGCUUAAGAUAGAAGGAAUAGAACACCUCCCUCGCCGUGUAACAAAUGAAAUCGCAAGUAACAAUCGCUAUGAAGUUUACACACAAGGUGGUGUCAUAUUUGCAACAAGUAGAAUACUUGUGGUUGAUUUCUUGACUAAUAGAAUACCUUCAGAUUUAAUUACUGGCAUUUUGGUCUAUAGAGCCCAUAGAAUAAUCGAGUCUUGUCAAGAAGCUUUCAUCUUGCGCCUCUUUCGCCAGAAAAACAAACAUGGUUUUAUUAAAGCUUUCACAGAUAAUGCUAUUGCUUUUGAUACUGGUUUUUGUCAUGUGGAAAGAGUGAUGAGAAAUCUUUUUGUGAGGAAGCUGUAUCUGUGGCCCAGGUUCCAUGUAGCAGUAAAUUCAUUUUUAGAACAGCACAAACCUGAAGUCGUAGAAAUUCAUGUUUCUAUGACCCCCGCCAUGCUUGCCAUACAGACUGCUAUACUGGACAUUUUAAAUGCAUGUCUCAAGGAGCUGAAAUGCCAUAACCCAUCACUUGAAGUAGAAGAUAUGUCUUUAGAAAAUGCUAUUGGAAAACCUUUUGACAAGACUGUCCGCCAUUAUCUGGAUCCUUUGUGGCACCAGCUUGGAGCCAAGACUAAAUCCCUAGUUCAAGAUUUGAAGAUAUUACGAACAUUGCUGCAGUAUCUCUCUCAAUAUGAUUGUGUCACAUUUCUUAAUCUUCUAGAAUCUCUGAGAGCAACUGAAAAGGCUUUUGGUCAGAAUUCAGGUUGGCUGUUUCUUGACUCCAGCACCUCAAUGUUUAUAAAUGCUCGAGCAAGGGUGUAUCAUGUUCCAGAUGCCAAAAUGAAUACAAAAGGCAAAAUUUCUGAAAAAAUGGAGAUUAAAGAAGGGCAAGAAACAAAAAAGGAACUGGUCCUAGAGAGCAACCCAAAGUGGGAGGCACUAACUCAAGUACUGAGAGAAAUUGAGGCAGAAAAUAAAGAGAGUGAAGCCCUGGGCGGUCCAGGUCAAGUGCUUAUUUGCGCAAGUGAUGACCGAACAUGUUCACAGCUGAGAGACUAUAUCACUCUUGGAACCAAGGCCUUCUUAUUGAAGCUCUACAGGAAAACCUUUGAGAAGGACAGCAAAGCUGAAGAAAUGUGGAUGAAAUUUAGGAAGGAGGACAGUUCAAGAGAAAUUAUGAAAUCUAACAAAAGACCCCAAAACACCCCAAACAAAGAACGGUCUUCUACCAAAGAAAGAACUCUCAAAAAGAAAAAACGAAGAUUAACUUUAACUCAGAUGAUAGGAAAAUCUGAAGAACUGGAAGAGGAUGGAGAUGUUGAGGAAGGGUAUCACAGGGAAGUAAGCAGUAGCCCAGAAAGCCGCUCGGAAGAAAUCAAGCAUGAAGAUUUUCAUUUAAAUUUGUCAUCGGAUGCUGCCUAUGGAAUCCUGAAAGAACCCCUCACAAUCAUCCAUCCGCUUCUGGGCUGUAGUGACCCCUACGCUCUGACAAGGGUACUCCAUGAAGUAGAACCAAGAUAUGUGGUUCUGUAUGACGCAGAGCUCACCUUCGUGCGGCAGCUUGAAAUUUACAGGGCAAGUAGGCCCGGGAAACCUUUGAGGGUCUACUUUCUUAUAUAUGGAGGUUCAACUGAAGAACAACGCUAUCUCACUGCAUUGCGAAAGGAAAAGGAAGCUUUUGAAAAGCUCAUAAGGGAAAAGGCUAGCAUGGUUGUCCCUGAAGAAAGAGAAGGCAGAGAUGAAACAAACCUAGACCUGGUAAGAGGCGCAGCAUCUACAAGUGUUCCCAUGGAUACUCGAAAAGCCGGUGGCCAGGAACAGAAUGGUACACAGCAAAGCAUAAUUGUGGAUAUGCGUGAAUUUCGAAGUGAGCUCCCAUCUCUGAUCCAUCGCCGGGGCAUUGACAUUGAGCCAGUGACUUUAGAGGUUGGAGAUUACAUCCUGACUCCAGAAAUGUGUGUGGAACGCAAGAGUAUCAGUGAUUUGAUCGGCUCUUUAAAUAAUGGCCGUCUCUACAACCAGUGCAUCUCCAUGUCUCGCUAUUACAAGCGGCCUGUGCUUUUGAUUGAGUUUGACUCUAGUAAGCCUUUCUCUCUCACUUCCCGAGGUGCCUUAUACCAGGAGAUCUCCAGCAGUGAUAUUAGUUCCAAACUCACUCUUCUUACGCUUCACUUCCCCAAACUCCGGAUUCUCUGGUGCCCCUCCCCUCAUGCAACUGCAGAGUUGUUUGAGGAGCUGAAACAAAACAAGCCACAGCCUGAUGCAGCGACAGCAUUGGCCAUUACAGCAGACUCUGAAACCCUGCCCGAGUCAGACAAGUAUAAUCCUGGUCCCCAAGAUUUCUUGUUAAAAAUGCCAGGGAUAAAUGCCAAAAACUGUUGCUCCUUAAUGAACCAUGUUAAGAACAUAGCAGAAUUAGCAACCCUGUCACAAGACAGGCUCUCAAGUGUUCUGGGGAACGCAGCAAAUGCUAAGCAGCUGUAUGACUUCAUCCACACCUCUUAUGCAGAAGUUGUACCUAAAGGAAAAAUGAGAAAAUGAACAACGGUGGCUGUCUGCUUAGCUAUAACUGCUUUUCAGCUGCCUUUUGCCAGCCGUGAUAGGUUAUCAUUAAUUCUUAGCUCAGUAUUUCAUUCUCUUCCAAUGCUUUAAUGACUGUUUACUGAUUCCAAGGUCAGGGGACCAAGCCAGGAUUGCUUUCUGAACUUAGUAUUGAGGCAUCACUGAACUUUCCUGGCUGCUCUCUUCCCUGCCUGCACUGUCCGUGGCAGUCCUAGGGUGUCAGGAUCAGAUAAAGUUCUUCAGUCUUUACUGAGGCUAUUUUCAGGACAAGCGAGGAUUUGUGUUUUCCACUGAGACUAAGAAAACACACAACCAUGUUCCUACUUUCUGUACACACAGGGCCCUUUGGGGUGCUGAGAAGGACCAUGUCUGUGCCGUUCCUGAUCAGUUCUCUCCACCACAUUUUCUUCAACUCUGUACUUCUCCCACCUAUCUGCCUCUAAGGAAAAAUCAUGGGCCUUCCUACUACUGAUUUAAGACAGCCACCUCUAAAACUGGCUGACUAGUCUUAUAAUCACCUGCAUAAAGAUAGUGUGUACUAUAACUUGACUGUUCAAAACAAGUAUUUUUAAGAUGUGAGAUGAAUUAUUACUUGGAAAAUGUGGUGGUGUCGGUGAAGAAGAAUUCUACUUUUGCACAUAUUCAACCUCCUAAAAUCAGAGGUCUCUAAGCCCAUAUGGCUAGUCUUUUUAAACUUCCUCUUUUUCCACCUCUAGAAAUUCAACAUAAACACAUCCUUAGCCUCUCUUUGAUUCUGCAUUUCCCAUGUUCCUAUGCCAGGGAGCUUCUUUCUUUCUCUGUAUGAAGAUUUAAGUACAAGCAAAUGGAGCUGGGCACAGUGGCUCUUGCCUAUAAUCCCAGCACUUUUGGAGGCUGGGAUGGAAGAAUUGCUUGAGUUCAGGAGUUCAAGACCAACCUGAGCAAGAGAGGACCCCGUCUCUACAAAAAAUGGAAAAAUUAACCACACGUGGUGGCACCGCACUGUAUUCUCAGCUACUGGGGAAGCUGAGGCAGGAAGGAUCACUUGAGCCCAAGAGUUUGAGAUGAUGAACUGUGAUGAUGCCAUGCUAGUCCAAGUGACAGAGUGAGACUCUCUCAAAAAAAAAGUACAAGCAGCAAAUGAACGGUGUACAAAGUCUUUUGCUUUUUGUUUUGAGACAGAGUCUUGCUCCAUUGUCCAGGCUAAUGUACAGUGUCGUGGUCACAGCUCACUGCAGCCUCCAACUCCUGGGCUCAAGCUGUCCCAUCGCCUCAGCUCCCUAGUAGCUGGGACAAGAGGUGGCUGCCACAAUGCCAGGCUAAUUUUUUUUUCUAUUAUUAGUAGAGAUGAGGUCUCGCUCUUGCUCAGGCUGGUCUUGACCUCAUGGCCUCAAGCAAUACCCCCACCUUAGCCUUCCAGAGUGGUUAGGAUUAUAGGUAUGGCACCCAGCACCACAAAGCUUUUAAGAUUUGGUUUUUCUUCUUUGAGACAAAAAGUAUUAUAGGUAAAUGGAAGGUCAAUGCAUGAAAUAUAUAAUAAUUCAAAAGAAAUAUAUAUAUUUGAAAAUCCAUAAAGAAAACAUUUUCACUCGAAACCUUCUGAUUGACUUAGGUCGGUUCUUUACUGAAAGUAUACAUACAGGAUAUUCAUAGCAUCUUUUUGCAACUUUUAACCUUCAAUUCCUAGACUUUUAUAUUUAAACAUUAUUAGCUAUUAUUGACAUAUUUAGUAAUGAGUAGUAAAUUUCUACCUCCAGAGCUAAUCUGGCUGUCAGCUGUGCAGGCCAUACCACACAGUCCAGAGGUCAUCAGCGCCAGCUUCUUACAGUUGUCUGUACACUCUCUGAACUAAUACACAGCGGACCAGGCAACACAAAAUUCUCUUCAACUUUAACAAAAGCACUUUAAACUGCCCUUGCCAAACUGAACCUCUCAUAUUGAUAUCUUCAUUUGUUGGUACUUAACAAUAUGUAAGGAAUUUUAAUUCUAUAUAAGGGUAAUGCAAGAAUGAAUUGAGGGUUUUUAAGAACCAGAUUGGUGUUAUCAAACUCUGUAAGGUGAUGAUGAAAGUAGGGAAGAAGACUAGAAAUAAAAAUUAUUUUGAGGCAGAAUAAAGAUUUGGGCUACUAAUUUUGUCCCAGGUUUAAAAUACAGCCCCUAGAAUAGCAAAUAAAAAUGUAGAAUGAUUACAUUCACUUUUGUAUUUAUCAUUUUAUUGAAAAAUUCAUAGUUCAGAGUACAUUAAAAUAGACAUACCACUCCAAGUGGUAAUGGUUAUUAUGUUUCUUUACCUUAUUCUAGCACUUCUGCUUGCACUAUGUAAUUUCUAUUUUUUUCUUCUUAUCUAAUUCCACUUGACUUUUAUUGUUGUUUCAUUAUAUAAAAGGAAAAUCUUAACAUAGCACAUUCUAUGGUAGGAGUUUCUUUCCAAGUUAAGUUUUCAAAAAUAAACUCUUCUCAGAGUUUCCAUUUUAAACAGUCCUUGUUAUCUAGUAUAAUGUAGAUAGCAGUCUGACUUGUGUUUGGUACCAGUGUCCCAUGGCUCUCAAACUCUGUCAUUUGCUUUUCUACCUCUGAGACGCUUGAAGACAGGUGUGACAUUGUGUCGUGUGUACUUGGAUUAUGAACAGUAAUUUCUAAUGAAUUCUAAAAUGGCCAUUAUAGUAAAUAUAUCUUAAUGUAUUUCCAGUUUAUGGGAAGUUUUCAAUACAUCAGUCAAGUUUUUACCCUCUCAGAAUUUUUUAUAAAUUUUUACAAUCUAAGCAUCUUUGGUAAAGAACUAGGGAUGCAUGCAGUUGCAACAUUACCACAUUGCUUAGUUUUCUAGCAUCAUUUUGUUAACUUUACCUUUUUCUCUGAAAAUAAUAAAUAUCCAAUUUACUUACAGACUCGUGUUUAGCUUUUUUAACACCUUUUUUAAAAGUGAGAUUAGCAUUCUGUUUUACAAGUUUUUUGCAUAAAAAUUUGAACAUACGAAAUCUUAGGAGGAAUCAUUUUCAGUUUUGUUUAAAUCGUAGUGCCUUUCCUGAUAUUUCAUUAAAACUGUACAAGAAGAAAUCGUUUUCAGUAGUGGUCAUAAAUAUCCUUUUGGUGGUAAGUUGCUGCUUCUUCAGUUGGAAGCUUAGUAGUCUGUAUGUCUGCCCAGGUUUGCCUGCACCAGAAGGUGGUGUCCCAGCUCGUGGGGAACUGAAUAAUUAUCUCAUUCAUCAACCCAGUGGCACAUGAUGGGAUAUGCCUAGAUGUGGUCACGUUGAAAUAACAGCAUAUAGGAUUAACUGCCUCCAGGUGGAAAACCUACACUAAGGCAACUCCCAGGAAGUGGGUGGGAAGGAGACGGGCGCUAUUGGUCUUUGCUUUUGUUUUUCAAGCAUGAUUUGAUUUUGCUUUGGCUCAGAAAACUUCUUUGGGGAGAUUUUCUUCUCUUUUGUGUUGAGCUUAACCUAAAAAUGUCCUCUUAAAAACCAACAUUUUAGGGAAAUUCUUUUGUCAUCAUUGAGUAUAUUAAAAUGUAGCUAAGUUUUGACAUGCGUUGUCCUUUUUCUUUAUCAUUUUGCUUUAUAUUUUGGUUUAUAGCUAUUUCUUAUUCCAACCUGAACUUCAGCACUUAGUUAACCACCUUUAUCAACCAGGUUUUUGGUGGCCUUUGAAGACGAUGCCGGUGUUUUUUAAUGUAAAUAUUUGUAAACCAAAACUUAGAUGGGAAUGAGACAUGGUGAUUUAUAUCAAUCCGUAAUAGAGCUCUGUGUGUAUUUAUUAAUAAAAUGUAUAUUCAGUGUCUUCCU